AAUCAGUGAAAUAAUAAGAAUCUCAUUCGUAUAGAGAUUAUCUACUGACAGCCGACAUGAAAACAAAUCAUCUUUAAUAUCGCAGUAGAAAGAAAAUCAAAAAGCAUCAAGGUCAAAGAAAACUGUGAGAUAAGGAAUCGUCGAGUUUCAUGUGUUACAUCAACAACACUGUUGGAAAAUUCUUAUGCAAUGCUGUAAAUGAUUAUGGAAGACUUUCAGCAUUCGGUCCAUCCACAACUUGCAGCGUGUCAUGUGGUUCUGGUGGAAUUCAUUAUCGAGCAACUGCUGAAGAUUAUCUUUGCGUGGAUGAGAAUGUUGAAUCACGUAAAUGUAACCAACUUGCUUGUCCAAUUAAUGGCGGUUGGGGAAAGUUCUCAGAAUGGUCGAAAUGUCCCAAAUAUUAUGUCCCAAUUCCUGACAUUAUGGAACCAAACAUUCCAAAAAUUAAAGUCACUUUGAACACUUACAAGCCGAUACCUGAAGAAACUUUUCUCGAGCAUUUAAGUCGUCUUAGAGUUGUUCAUGAUGAAGCACAAACAAAAAAUUCGUCGUCGUCAAAUAAUCUCGAAUCAGAUUCAACAGAAAGUGUUAGAAAAGAUUUAAUGAAACAAAUUACGGUUUUCAGACUAGUGAUGAUCUUUUCUCAACUUUUAUUCCGUCGACUAGUUUCGAUGACAAAAUGUCAUCAUCAUCAGGAUCUUAGAAAU